AUGACUAGAACUAUUACCACAGAACCUGCUAGCAUCGAUCCAUCCGAAUCUGUUGCGGUCACGACAAAAAAACAGACCAGAAAGGCUUGGAAAUUGAAAGAUGGCGGUAGAGAUGGUAUGACAUCCAUUGGAAGACUGGUGCACUUUUUGACAGAAGAUGGUGCCACCAUGUUGUUUGCCUUCCUUGGAUGUGAUAACAAUGCAGAAUCGGUUUCUGGAGAUAAAAGAGACACGGUUGCCGGCAAAGCCAAGGAAUACUUUGACUCGGUUGGUGCUUCCAAACGUACAAAGGCUCAAAUAUUAGACCGAAUGAAUAAGCUUCUCUUGACGCAGUAUAGCGAGGCUUACAGGAUGUGGAAACAAAGUGGAGAAGGUGCCACCGAAGAAAAUCCACCUUUUGAAGUUGCUUUGAAUAAAGUCUGUGCCCACUUCCAUCUUUUGAGAUCUGUCAUGGGGUCAAGACGAACAGAUCCUGCUUUGCCCAUGGAAACGGGUGUGCCUGGAAGUAAACCUUUCAGCUGGAAAAAGCCAGAGGAGAUUAAUUCAGAGGAUGAAAACUCUGAACAGCAUGUUGAUCUGUUGACCGACGAAGAUUCAGCCAAUUCUCCUUCGCCCUCUUCUAAGGCUACAAAACUCAAAGUUCCCAAGGCCAGUGGAAAAAGAAAGAGGGCUUUGAAGUUUGAAGAGGAUUUCCCGCUCGAAACAAAGGAGUUAGAUGUUUCGGGUUUCGUUGAGGUUCAACGAGAAGCUGCGGCCAAAAAGAUGAGAUUCGCAGAGUACAUGGGCAGGUAUCAAAAUGCCAUCACGAGGAUCAAUACUUUCAAAUUGAGCAAGGAAGAGGGUGAGACCAUGUUGGAUAACCUCAACUUGGAAUAUAACUUUUAUUAA